GUUAUAAAAAUACCUCUCCAUGCUUUGAGGGCAGCCAUUCCCUUAGAUUUUAAGUCAAUGGUGAACGUUUCUCUUUCCUUGGCAUCCCAAAAGAAAGAAAAAACAACCUCCAAAGCUCUCUCUUUCUAUUUCGACCUUCCAUCUCUCACCUCUCUCUCCUCUAAGAUCAAGAACAACAAAACAUGCCGGUCAUCGAUCCGUCGGUGCUGAACGAUACCGCGAAGGACGCAUACCUUGCGGCUUGCUACGGCAAAAAGCUGGUCACGUCGCAGGGCGUUUUCCUCGGCAACAACCCCUUCCAUUUCUCUCUCCCUACGUUGUUGCUUGAAUUGUCCGUCGUCUUUAUUGUCACGAGAACCAUGCAUUACUUCCUGCAACAUCUCGGCCAGCCUCGAGUGGUUUCGCACAUACUCACAGGCAUCCUCCUCGGCCCAACAAUCAUCGGCCAGAGCUCCAAAUUCAGCAACACCCUCUUCCCAACCCACAACACCUUCAUCCUCGACCUGCUCUCCGUCAUCUCCCUCAUCUUCUUCCUCUUUGUCAUCGGCGUCAAAACCGACCUCUCCCUCCUCAGGAAACCCGGCAAGCACGCCAUCGCCAUCGGCAUCGCAAGCUCCGUCGUGCCCUUCAUCCUCUCCACCAUCGUCUUCUUCUCCUUCAAGAGCUCCUUCCCUCUUGACCUCCAGCAGAGCUUCCUCAUCCUCUACCUCGCUGAGAGACUCGCUCUCUCGUCGUUCCCCGUGAUUGCGGAUGCUCUGGACGAGAUGGGGCUGUUGAAUUCUGGACUCGGGAGGAUCGUGAUGUCCGCGACUCUGAUCGCGGAUAUUUGUAGCUGGGUUCUGAAUGCACUGAUCACGUCGACGAAGCUUGUCACCAACGCCAACUCGCCAGCAAUGGCGGUGGGGUCGCUGGCGUCGUUUGCGGGGUUCGUGAUUGUGGUGGUUUACGUGGUGAGGCCGGUGGUGGUGAGGAUUGUAAAGAGGACGCCGACGGGGGAGUUGAUAACCGAGAGGAGUUUCUUGGGGGUUGUGAUGGCGGCACUGGUGGCUGCAUUUGUUACCGAAACUAUUGGGUACCGCCACACACUCGGCCCUUUCCUCCUCGGCCUAGCACUUCCCGGUGGAAUGCCGCUGGGCGUAACGCUAACGGAAAGGCUCGAAUCCUUCUUCUUCGGAUUAUACCUCCCACUUUACCUAGUCCUCGCCGGAUACAGAACGGACUUUGGGAUGAUGCACAACUUUGCGGCGAUUGGAUUCAUCGAGCUGAUCGUGUUCAUCUCCUACAUUGGGAAGCUCAUCGGAACCAUAGGAGCUGCAGCCUUCUUCGAUAUGCCGAUGAGGGAUGCGGUCGUCAUGGGGCUCAUGCUCAACCUCAGGGGGAUUGUUGAGGUUUCCUUCUUCAAUAGCUGGGGUUACAAUGAUGAAACGGGGGUGGUGUAUGUGGAGAAGCUGGUGACGGAUGGGGAGGGGACGGUGGCGGUGGUGAGGGAUAUGAGUGAGAGGUACGAUUUGGUGAUUGUGGGGGAGGAGGAAGGCGGCGGAGUCGGGUUGACGAGUGGCUUGUCGGAGUGGAGCGAGUGCCCGGAGUUGGGGACCAUCGGAGAUAUGCUGGCGACGACGGAGUUUGGCAGGAAGGUGUCAAUAAUGGUGGUGGCAGCAGCAGGAGAGGGUCGGGGGGAGGGGAGAAAGCUAAGGAGGGGGAGGAGAUGAUGGAGGGAAGUGUGCAGCUCAUGGGGGUUUGGGGCUUUUAGGAUGUCCGGAUCAGUAGGGGCACAACUUCUGUGAGGGAUGUUUUUUGUUUGUUGUUUCUAAAGCAGAAAGUAUAUAUCUAGUAAUUUGAUUCCUGCUCAGAUAAGGGUGUAGAUAAUGGAACUCAUGUUCUCCUCCCCCUCUCUGAUGAUAGAACUGGUGUAUUAGAUAUUCUAGCAAAGUGCCCAUAGAAAUGUGCAUCUUCGUAUACA